AUGACAACCUCAGAAAAUAUUACAAUUGGUGAUGAAUUUAAAGGACACAAUGAAACACAAAUUCAAUUAAUGAAAGAAGAGUGUAUUAUUGUAGAUAAUAAUGAUGUAGCACUUAAACCAGGUUCAAAAAAAGAAACACAUUUAAUGGUUAAUAUUAAUCAAGGUUUACUUCAUCGUGCUUUCUCAAUAUUUUUAUUCAACAAAGAAGGUAAAUUAUUACUCCAACAAAGAGCAUUAGAAAAAAUUACAUUUCCAGGUUAUUGGACAAACACUGUUUGCUCCCAUCCACUUUGGAUCCCAGAAACUGAAUUAAAAGAAGAAAAUGCAUAUGGUGUAAGAUGCGCUGCCAAAAGAAAAUUAAAUCACGAAUUAGGUGUACCAUUAAAUGAGGUAGAUAUUGAAGAUUUCACCUUUAUGACCAAAAUACAUUAUAAAUCAGAAUCAAAAGAAGAUCCAAAAUGGGGUGAACACGAAAUCGAUCAUAUCUUAAUCGCUCAAAAAGACCAUGUUACUAUUAAUGCAGAACCAAAUGAAGUUAUGGAUUAUAAAUAUGUAUCAAAAGAAGAAUUACAACAAAUGUUUGAGGAUGAAGAUAACGGUAAAAUCAAAUUAACUCCAUGGUUCAGAUUAAUUGCUGUAAAUCAUUUAAAUAAAUGGUGGGAUAAUUUACAUGACUUAAAGCCAUUAGUAGAACCAACCAACACAAUUCACAGAUAUUAA